CAACAUGAGGCUCCUCUGAGCUCCACGCUGGAUCCUGCAGCGAUCUGCUGAAGUUCUCAGGCUGCAGCGGGGUCAAAGUUCACCGGAGUCCAGGCACACCUGACCCAGGAUGACAGACGGGUGAUGAAGAAGGAAUCAUGCUCUCUACACACUGGAUCCUCCUGUCCCUGCUCGGACUCAUCCUGAUCCACAAAGUUCAUGGAAGGUUUCCUCGCUGCUGGCUGCACUGGGAGAUGGAAAGAGCCCAGGCGGAGUGUCAGACUCAGCUACGGCACCAGAGGCUGGAGAACGCAGGAUGUGAAGGCGAGUGGAACAACAUCUCUUGCUGGAGAAGCGCUGCGGUUGGCGAGGUGCUGACGCUCCCAUGCCCCUCCCCCUUUCUGCUGCUGUUUAGCAAAAAUGGUUACCUGAGCAGGAACUGCACCGAGCGAGGCUGGUCCUCCGUUUACCCCGACAUCAGAGUGGCCUGCUCAUCAAACAUCCCCGAUCAGCCCAGAGAGCUGCUCUUCUACAAGGUGGUUCAGACUCUGUCCACCCUGGGCCACAGCCUGUCGCUCAUCACUCUGCUCACCAGCACCGUCAUCAUCUGCUCAUUCAGGAGGCUCCACUGCACGAGGAACUACAUCCAUCUCAACUUGUUUGUGUCCUUCAUGCUGAGAGCCGUGGCCGUGCUGACCAAAGACUCGCUGCUCUUCUCAGAUGAUGGAGCUGCAGACUGCAGAAUGCAGCUGUCUCUGGUGGGCUGCAAGGCCAGCCUGGUCUUCUUUAACUACUUCGUCAUGGCCAACUUCUUCUGGCUGCUGGUUGAAGGUCUCUACCUGCACACGCUGCUGCUCGUCGUCCUGGCCCACGCCACGCGCCUCUCCGUCUACAUGGCCAUCGGCUGGGGAAUCCCGUUUGUCUUCAUGGUGGCGUGGGUCAUCACGCGGAUCAACCUGGAGGACACCAGAUGUUGGGAGAUAAACGACCACCCAGUUCCUGACAGGCUGAUCAACUGGCCCAUCAUGGCGUCCAUCAUCAUAAACUUCAUCCUGUUCGUCAGCAUCAUCCGAGUCCUGGUGCAGAAGCUCCGCUGCUCCGGCGUUGGAGGAAACGACCAGUCACAGUACAGGCGCCUGGCCAAGUCCACCCUGCUGCUCAUCCCUCUGUUUGGAGUCAACUACGUGAUGUUCUUCUACCUGCUGGAACCGGCUGAUGACACCUUGAAGCAGGUCAAGAUCUUCUUUGACCUGGGCCUCGGGUCCUUCCAGGGUCUGAUCGUGGCUGUUCUCUACUGCUUCCUGAACAGCGAGGUCCAGAGCGAGCUGAGGAGGACCUGGAGGAGUGUAUCUCUGAAGAGCUGCGUUGGAUGGGAUUACAGGUUCCGCCUCACAUCGGUGACCCGAAGCGGGACAGAAAACCCAGCCCAGUUCUCCAGAAACAUCCGGGCCCAGUCCAUCCUGCAGACAGAGACCAGCAUGCUCUGAAGACCAAACCCCCGGAGGGAACGAGUGUCACCAAAGAACCUUACGUCAUCUAGAACAUCUUUAGAGCUUCUCUAGAACCACAUCCGAGCUCAUCUGGUUCCCAGCAGGCCGGACUCCACCCGGGCUGCUCCUCGGAUCCUCCCAGCUUCCUCUGUAAGGUUCUGCCUGAGAGCUCCAUCCUCCACACAGCUCCACACUCCUCCUCCUCAGCCGACCAGGGUCUGAUCAGAACCAGAACAUGGACUAGGAUCACCGUGUGAGGAGCUGGAGGACCACUGGGGCUACUCAGACUUCAUUUCCAGAACAUUCCUCCCGGGCCGUGGGGCGGCUGUUAAGGACGACCUGCAGAACCGAUCCAAAUCCAGUCAGGAUGAGGAAAUCCUCACGGAAAAUAUCUCAGUUUGGUUUAAAGUGUUUUUGUUUCAUCGUCGAGACUUUUAUCAUAUUUUUGUUUUAUUAGGAUGAAACCUAAAUAUUAGAGGACACGUUGUAUUUGACACCUUUUAUUUAUAUCGGUACCUGCUGGAUUUAUGAUAGAAGGUUUAUUUUUAUUAUAAAAACUGUCAUGACACCUUUUUAUAUCGUCCUAAUAAAAAAACACCACA